UCAAAAGUCUCCAGAAAAAUACAUCUUCGGCGGUUUAUCCAGUGCCAAUUGCUCUUCUCCCUUUACUGUACAUUAGUUCCAUUGUCAUUGUCGCCGCUUGUAUACUAUCACUUCCGUCAUUCCUUUGUCCAUAACUCUUUUUAGUUCCGUGAGUUGGCUUGUACAGUAUUGCGUUCUUCUCCAAAAAAUUCCUAAUGGCAGAUCUCAAUGGUGACGCGCACACGGAACAAGACACAGAUGUGACAGCCACGCAAAAUACAGAGGAGACGUCCUCAGCCCUCACGAACGGUACCAAUGGUCACUCGCAUGAACACGACCACCCUCACGACCAUGACCAUUCCCAUCACGAUGACCCCAACGCUGGAGCGUUGUUCCAGGUCACUGUCAAGUUGCCGCACAAGCCCUACAAGCAGUCGGUUAUGGUCACACAGCAAGAGCAGGUCCAAGAUGUACGCCAAUCGAUCGUCGAGACGCCAGAUACGUUCCAGUACACCUGCUUCCACCUCGAGCACAAUGGCCAGAGGAUCAAUGACUUCGUAGAGCUCUCCGAGGUCAAGGAUCUUAAGCCCAACGACGAACUUACCCUCGUCGAAGACCCGUACACAGAGAAAGAGGCAAGAUUACAUGUUGUCCGCAUAAGGGAGCUCAUUGGGGCGACUGGUGAUCGAUCUGAUCAACUACAUGGCAUCUGUGCAGGUCUAUCUUUGCAUGAUGAUAAAUUUGGCUCUGCCCAUGCUCCUGCACCAAAGUCAGAGGACAACCCGCUGGCUGGUUACGAAGUCGAUGGCCGGCCGUCGUUCGAUGCUAUAUUGGCGUCUAACCAGGAUACCUUGCCCAAGACGAUCAAGUCACUAUCAGUCUCUCAGUGGAACCCUCCGCCAUACCACCUGCAGCAGAAAGGUCACCUGCUUUACUUGCAGCUAACGACGAAUGAAGGCGAGCAGUAUCACAUUACCUCGACUGUAUCCGGCUUCUUCAUCAAUAAAUCCUCCAGUAACAAAUUCGACCCUUUUCCGAAGCCAGCCCCUAAGAACCACAGCGCACAUUCAUUGCUAUCUCUGAUUUCGCUGUUGUCGCCGGGGUUCAACGAAGCUUUCGUGGAGCUUCAAAAGAUCAACGGCCGUAAAGAUCUGCUCACCACAUUCCCAUUCCAGAAUGCAAUCCCCGCCAAUCCUUGGCUUGCUCCCUCCUCGUACGCUCAAGGAACACAGCAUCAGGCGGAUCCUACGAGGGCACAAGAGCCUUAUCUACUUGGUGGUGCGGAUGGCGCAGAGAAUCUCCGGGAUUGGAAUGAAGAAAUUCAGACGACCCGCGAACUGCCUCGAGACAAUCUGCAAGAUCGUGUCUUCCGAGAGCGCUUGACCUCCAAGCUCUAUGCCGACUACAACGAUGCCGCAGCUCGCGGUGCUGUCCUUGUUGCUCGGGGCGAAGUUGCGCCAUUGAAUCCCACCGAAGGCCGGGACGCCCAGAUCUUCAUCUACAAUAACAUAUUCUACUCAUUUGGUGCUGAUGGCGUUCAGACCUUUGCUAGUGAAGGAGGUGACGAGGCUGCCAGGGUUGCUGUGGGGAAAGAUGUGGCUGGCGUCAAGGCCGUCAACCAACUUGAUAUCAACGGACUUUUCACCCCAGGCACAAUUGUGGUUGACUACCUCGGCAAACGCAUCGUUGGUCAGAGUAUUGUGCCUGGUAUCUUCAAGCAGCGGGAACCCGGGGAACAUCAAAUUGACUAUGGUGGUGUCGAAGGCAGAGACAUCGUGACGGAGAACGAGGCGUUUGUGCCCGUCUUUGAGAAGCUCUCAAAGGCACUGCACGUCAAAAAACACGCCGUUUGGGAUAAAGAAGGCAAGCGACAUGAUCUAGAAGGCAGUGUUGAGACCAAAGGCCUUCUAGGAACGGAUGGCCGUAAAUACGUCCUUGAUCUGUAUCGCAUCACGCCCCUGGACGUUGCUUGGACCGAAGAGAUCGAGGCCGAAGCCGGCGAAAAGUAUCCUCACCGCAUGUCCGUUCUGAGGGUGGAGUUGGUGGAGGCAUACUGGCGCACGAAAAUGCAAGAAUACGUCCGUGCAGAGGUUGAAAAGCGUCGCGCAAAAUCUGCCAACGGCCAGACAGGAACUCCCAAGCAAGUGGAAGAUUCUCCAGCCGACGGUCAAAGCACCGAAAAAGAGCAGGCGGACGGGCAGGAGGGUCAGGGAGAAGGUUCUGCCCAAAAAGAGACCCCUGUGCUAGAUCAGGAGCGAGUGGACAUUUCUAACUUCGACCUUGCUCUCAACCCGGAUGUCUGCAGCGGCCAAACUCCUCAAAACGACGAAGAAAAGACAGACUAUGCUCAAGACGAGAAGGAUGUGCGAGCAGUGUGUGGAUUCCUCAGAAGCAAGGUCAUUCCGGAUCUGAUCACCGACCUCCACGACGGCGAUGUGGGUUUCCCCAUGGAUGGGCAGUCUCUCUGCCAGCUGUUGCACAAGCGUGGCGUCAACAUCCGAUACCUUGGAAGGCUAGCGUCGGCCGCGGAAGAAAAGGGACAACGUCUACAGGCGUUCUCUACAGUGCUUCUGCAGGAGAUGGUGGCACGGGCUUUCAAGCACGUCGCUAACCACCACCUAAGACACCUCCCUGCAGUCUUUGCUACUGCUUGCUUCUCGCAUCUUAUGAACUGCUUACUCGGCUCAGAACUCAAUCCCAAUCCACGGCCUGAAAUUGACGAGGAUUUGCGUGCUCUGUAUCCUGAGGGAGACUUCUCGUUUGAGACUAUGAAUCCCACAAGUUUACAAGCCGAGAUCGAGAAACAGGUGAAAACGCGAUAUAGACAUCAGUCAAGGGAAAAUUGGCAGGCGGGAAUCCAAUCGGUGCCGCUGCUUCGAGAAAUCUGCUUGAAAUUGGGUCUGCAACUUGUGGCCCGGGAGUAUUCCUUUAGCAAAGGAUCUCAAUCGCACUCCGAGUCGUCUCCCGCCAGAAGCAGUAGCGAUCACUCUAACGACGGCGUACAACAAGAAACAGCAAGCAAGAAAAAGAAGAAGAAGGCCACUGACCAACCGCAAACCAACGGUGCUGUUGCCAAACCGAAUACGACUUUUACGCCGGACGACAUUCUGAACAUUACGCCCAUCGUCAAAGAUUCCACUCCCAGGAGCUCGUUGGCUGAGGAAGCCUUAGAAGCUGGCAAACUCUCCCUGGCGCAGGGUCAGAAGCAGUUGGGCCAGGAGCUGAUCCUGGAGUCGUUGUCGCUGCACGAGCAGAUUUAUGGCAUUCUUCAUCCCGAAGUUGCCAAGAUGUACCAAUCUCUAUCUACAAUCUACUACCAGACUGAUGAGAAGGAGGCAGCAGUGGAGCUCGCUCGAAAAGCGGUGAUAGUAACGGAGCGGACAUUGGGUGUGGACUCACAUGAUGCCAUUUUGGCAUAUCUCAACCUGUCCCUGUUUGAACACCACGUUGGCAACACACGACAGGCCUUGAAGUAUGUCAAGCAUGCACUCGAUGUAUGGAAGAUCAUCUUUGGACCAAACCAUCCCGACUCCAUCACGACUAUGAAUAACGCAGCGGUCAUGCUUCAGUCUCUUAAGGAAUACUCGGAAUCCCGGAAAUGGUUCGAGGCUUGCUUCAAGGUUUGUGAGGGUCUUUUUGGACGGCAAUCGAUCAAUGCUGCUACAAUAUUGUUCCAGCUAGCACAAGCUCUUGCUUUGGAUGGCGAUGCCAAAGGUGCCGUCAGUAAAAUGCGUGAUGCAUAUAACAUCUUCCUUGCAGAGCUCGGGCCAAAUGAUCGCAACACAAAAGAGGCGGAAAGCUGGCUUGAACAGUUGACGCAGAAUGCCGUCUCAUUAGCUAAACAAGCUAAAGUGCUGCAAAGUCGGAGACUGGCCGGCAUUCGUCAUCUCCCUCGAAUGGGACUUGGUACCAGGCUUCAGCCGCAGAACGCCAACAGUGCGGCACCGAAUACGACCAGCCGGACGGCUGCGACAGAGGCAAAUGUACGGACUGGCACUGGCAGCGUUUCACUGGACUCCAGAAGCAUUGAUGAAUUGUUGAAAUUCAUCGAGGGUGGCGAGACGAGUACCACCUCCAGUACGAAGCACAAGAAGAAGUCACUGAAUCCGAAAGCCCGAACAGCAAGGCAGACAGCGACGGCUUGA